AUGGAUUGGAUAGAUGCAUCUUCGUUGUCACUAUCUCCUUUGCUACUCACAGUACUGCUGAUAUUCAUACUAUAUACUACUACCACUCGGUAUUUGGGACGACUGGAAGUAGAGCGAAUUCGGUUUACUGAUAAUCAGUCUGUGAUAAUUGAUGAGAAGACGGGAUUAAGAGCAUCGGUUAGAAAACUCUCUGUCUCUGAAGUUGAGAAACUAAAUUCUCCAUUCGAUGCUUUUAAAAGCGGAUUAAGAAAAUCAAAAGAUAAAUCAUGUUUUGGAAUUCGCCAGUCAUUCAAUUCACCAAUUAAAUGGAUUACUUAUAAAGAGGUUUAUGAAAAAAUUCAGCUGUUCGGAUCAGCAGUAACAAUAUUGAUGAAAGAAAACUCCAUGAGUAAUUUUAUUGGAAUUUAUGGAAGGAAUUCUCCAGAGUGGGUUAUAACGCAGUUAGCCUCUGCUGCAUACUCGUUUGUUAUAGUGCCGUUGUACUGUACGUUUGGUGAUGAAGCUAUAGUUCAUGUUAGUAAUGAAACUGAACUAAAAAUUAUUGUCUGUGAUACAGUAUCCCAAGCCUGUCAUUUAUACAAAAUCAAUUCAGAAAAAGUGGAAGUAUUUAUUAUUAUGAAGCCAGAUAGCACUUUUGAAUCUAUUAAAAAAGAAUUGUCAAACAAGGUUCAUUUGUUCACAUUUGAAGAAAUAUUGGAAAAAGGGCGUUCUAAUCGUCUACCGGAAAAAGUGCCGGAUGCCAACGAUCUAUUCAUGAUAAUAUAUACUAGUGGAUCAUUAGGUUUACCUAAAGGAGCUAUGAUAACAAAUGAGGCUUAUUUAAAUGCCAUAAAGCUAACAGUUAGUUUGGCAGAGGAAAAUCAUUUUUCAAAAGAAGAUUUGACACAUGUUUCAUUCCUGCCCUUAUCACAUGUAAUGGAACAGCUAACGAUGGUGUUGGCCUUGUUCGUUGGUGGUCGAAUAGGUUUUCUCACUGAUGGCAUUGAGUCAUUAUUUGAUGAUCUUAGAGAUUUUAAGCCAUCGUUUUUCUGUUCUGUUCCAAGAUUACUUGUUCGAAUAUAUAUGAAAUUUUCUGAAAGGUUGCACUCUAAACCAAUAAUUUGGAAAAUAUGUCAAUACGAAAUAAAUAAGAGAAUGGAAGAACAGAAACAUGGAAUAUAUAGACGAAAUGGAAUAAUAGACUUCUUGUUUUUUCGAGAGUUUCGGGAGUUACUUGGUGGCCGAGUGCAAGCUAUAAUUUCAGGUAGCUCUCCAAUAGAUAGAGAUGUUCUAUUCUUCAUCAGAGCCGUUUUGAGCUGUCCUGUUAUCGAAGUAUACGGAUCAACGGAAACACUUGGUUUGGUAUCCAGUACAAUGUUUGAAGAUGUAGAUGCUUAUCAUGUUGGAGCUAUUUUCCCUGGAGUGCAAAUCAAACUAAUAGAUGUUCCGGAAAUGGGUAUACUCGUAUCCAAAGAUCAAAUGGGAGAGGUGUUGAAUAAAGAACAGCGGCGGCUGCUUUCCAAACAAUUUCGCAUACAGAAAAGAUUAGAGGUAAAAAAGCUUGAGGCAUCUCGUGGUACUAAGGAAAAUCCUAUAGCAUGUGUUCUGAUCCCCUUAUCGUCCUCAGUACCUACACACUUAGCCCAACUUUUAUUUCAAACAUGUGAACCAAAUAUCGAGGUUAUAAGAAAGCCGGAAUACUGUUUACAAAAUGUAGUCACCAUUCACUCUCAAACUCUGAAUAAAUACUUCAGCCUUAUUUGUGCUUACAGUGAUGAUCUAUUUGGUUGUCUUGACCUCGCAAAUUUCGCAGACUGGCUAAUUCUUUUGGUUCCAAGUAAUCCUUCGGAGAUUCCUGAUUCUGCCCAUGAACUACUCGUUGCUAUAUAUGCCCAAGGUUUUACAAAUGCUUCCUAUGCGGUUCUUUCAUCUAGUUCAAAUUUCAAAGAGUUAAAGAAGAUUUUGGAGUGUAGGUUUCCAACCCCCGAAUCGAUGAUUCAUCAGCUAAAUUCAAGCAGCAAUGCUCUAAACCUCCUACGGCAUAUUGCCUCAACCAAUCCGUCAAGUUUUCAUGUUAAGGCGAAAAAUACAAAAUUGGCUGGACAAUCUACAGUGGCACAUACUGGAGCACGCUACCGAACACGUUUACUUGUUGAUUCUAUUGACCUAAUCUCUGAGAAUGAUGCGCAUGAUGAUAUCUCAAAAUCCGAGGUAACAGUUUGUCUUCGUGGUCGCUUGCAUGGAGCACCACUGUUUUUGUUCGAGGAGUUAGAGCAAAAUGGUUCCGUACCUGUUGGUCCUCGUGUACAUUUGACUGGUUGGGGUGAUUUCCCUUUGAUGGAGGCUAAAUGGAUCGAUAACGAUAACUCGCAAAAAACGUGGAAGACAUCAGAUCUUAACGUUUUUAAAAAUUUAUUAACAAAACGCUUACCUCAAUCUUCGUCAGUCAAUCUCCCAAAUGAGAAUGAAAAUUGUGAAGAUGAUUCCCUGUCAGAUAAAAUGUCGAUUGACUCACACCAGUCAAUAAAUAAAAACGAUUGGGAUGCAGUGGAACAGACUUCUGAACAUUUAGAAUCUGAGUUAUCUGACGAUUUUACUGAAGAAUGCGGAUCGAUAGCUAGUCACACUGCCCAUACAAUGGCAGCCAGCGCUACUUCUGCGUUUUCAUCUGCUCAGUUAGCCAAAUUCCGGGCUGCCAGAAUGGAAGAAAUGUUCCCAGAUGAGGUUGAAACCCCUCUAAACAUACGGGCAAGUGAACGGUUCCUAAAGUACUGUAGUCUUCCUCGCUUCCAAGGUAGUGUGUGGCCAACAGAGAAGAAUUGGUUGCCUAAAUAUUAUCAAAAUAUCGCUUGCUUCAAAAACUAUCAUCGUAAUAGGCGUACUGUGAUCCGUUAUAUUGAACAAAAAUUAGCAGACGUUCAAUCAGCAUAUAAGCUAACAGAGCCUGUCCUCAAGUACAUUCCACCUGGUGUAGAUGUUGAGCUUCGGUUACAGCCUGUUUCACGGGAUCUUGGUGAAUCAAUAUUAUCUUACCACACGUUUCCUCAAUCUGAUGAAACCAGAAAACCUUCUGAUCCGAAACCUCAUCCACUUUUAGUUUGGUCACUUUUACCUCAUGAGACUCAAAUGUCAGUCUGCCACUUUACAAUGUUUCGGCGUGCUUCUGCAAUCCACGCUGUUUCAGAUUUGAUGGUUAUAGCAAACGCCGCAAACAAAAUCACUGAAUCAUCAUCAAAAGAAAAUGGGAGUUGUGCACUAGAGUUUGGUGAAGAGGCUUCAACUCAAGUAGAACGAGAAGAUAAAGCAAUACAUGAUGCACUUAUCAGCCAUCGCAAUAAAAUCGAUCGGAAACAUAAUGAAAAAGCGCUGUAUGACCCGAAAAUGCCGAUACCUCUUGAGGCGGAACCGAUUAAAUCGAAAGAUCUGAUGCUUAUUCAGGCUGGUAUUCGACGUUUUGUGGCCGCUCCAAUUUAUUCUACAGCAAGUAAUCCUCAAGAAAAAUCCAAAUUUGAGCCGUUUUUCCCUGCUUCCGAAAGUUCUGCUGUAGCGAGUGUUUAUGCACCAGUGAUGUAUUCACCUGUUAAUGUUUUGCAGUUUAGGAUCAGAGUAACGGAGAAUGAAGACGGAGAAAUAUCUUCACCGUAUGUCGGUGAAUUAGUGGCAACAGGGUCACUGAAGUCAGUUGAUCCUAGCCAUUUAAUUAUCAAGAGGAUCUUUUUGUCCGGUCAUCCUUACAAGAUUAAUCGACGUCACGUAGUUGUCCGGUAUAUGUUUCACAAUCCAGCAGAUGUACUUCAUUUUCAGUCUGUACAAUUGCAAACAAAAAGCGGAGCCGUGGGGCAUAUAAAAGAACCUGUCGGAACCCAUGGUCAUAUGAAAUGCGUUUUCAAUCGACCUAUUUUAGCGAACGAUGUAGUCUUAAUGCCUCUUUACAAGCGAGUAUUUCCAAAAUAUGUUUACGAACCAGUCGCUCCUAAAUACUUGGCUGGUAACGGCAGAAAUAAUGACCUCGUUAUCACUGACAGUGACCACUCCAGAUAUGUGAGCUCAGAUGUAAUUCAACUGAGAAGAAAAAGUAUUCCCUGUCUUUCCCACGAGAAAAUGGAUCAGGACUUAUCAACUUUACUUGCUUAACUUAAUUUGUAGAUAUUUUGUUAUGUGAUUGUGUUCUAGAACGUGACACCUUUGUCAAAAAGAUUAAAAUCUCUUAAUAAAUUUAAUUUGGACAUACGUUUUUUGUUCCGA